CCUAAGCUGACGUUGGCCCGGUACCGAUGAACAACCGGUAGCAUUGAAGGGAGCUGUGUGUUUGCCCGUUGUUUUUAGCCUUUUCCGCAAAUUCCUCAGAGUACCCAGCUGACACCAUGCCUUUCGAUGUUAGGAGAUUCGAUAUCUACAGGAAAGUGCCAAAAGAUCUCACCCAGCCCACAUACACAGGAGCCUUCAUCUCCAUCCUCUGCUGCGUCUUCAUCCUCUUCCUCUUCCUGUCUGAGUUGACGGGAUUCAUAGCCACUGAAAUCGUAAAUGAACUGUAUGUGGAUGAUCCAGAUAAAGACAGUGGUGGGAAGAUAGAUGUGAGUUUAAACGUCAGUUUGCCAAACUUACACUGUGAUUUGCUAGGGUUGGACAUCCAGGAUGAGAUGGGCCGCCAUGAGGUUGGCCACAUAGACAACUCCAUGAAAAUCCCCAUUGAAAACAGCAAUGGUUGUCGCUUUGAGGGAGUGUUCAGCAUCAACAAAGUACCAGGAAACUUCCACGUGUCGACACACGGUGCUACAUCGCAGCCCUCAAAUCCUGACAUGACACAUGUCAUCCACAAGCUGGCAUUUGGAGAAAAACUCACGGUAAAAACAGUUAAAGGAGCCUUUAAUGCAUUAGGAGGGGCAGACCGGCUGUUGUCCAAUCCUCUGUCUUCACACGACUACAUCCUGAAGAUAGUCCCGACAGUGUAUGAGGACCUAUCAGGCAAACAGAGGUUCUCAUACCAGUACACAGUGGCCAACAAGGAGUACAUCGCUUACAGUCACACGGGGAGAAUAAUACCAGCCAUCUGGUUCAGAUAUGACCUCAGUCCAAUCACAGUCAAGUACACAGAGAGGAGACAGCCAAUCUACCGCUUCAUCACAACGAUCUGUGCCAUCAUUGGGGGGACGUUCACAGUGGCAGGAAUCAUCGACUCGUGUAUAUUCACAGCUUCAGAGGCCUGGAAGAAGAUCCAGAUUGGAAAAAUGUCAUGAGGACUGCUCCCCCAGCCCCCCCUCUCCUCUCAUCUUUAUUUAUAAGUAAAGUGUUGCUAGCCUGUUAGCUAAAUCCAAUCCCUGCUGGAAACCAACUUCCUAUUUGGAGAUUGUAUCACCGUGAGCAUUAGAGCAGCUCCAGCAGACGAUCUAACUACCAGGCUAUACGUCUGCAUCUCAGUUACAGACCUCUCAGGCUGCCUGAUCAGCAUCACACGUGGUCAGUCGGGAGAGGAGAGGACACGAGAGCUCUUUUGUUACUGUGGGGCAGAAGUCUUAAGUACUGUGUGUGUGUUUGCGUCAGGGUUUAACCCGUAUGGGUAUUUGAAGGGUGCACUUGAUUUUUUUUUAAAGAAUGAAGUAAAGAAAAAGCAGAUUUUUGUGCUCAUGUUCAGUUUUUAAUUUGGUGGUAGCAACAUGUGGUCAGAAUCUUAAUUUAUCAUAUCAUAGAGAAGUUGUCACUAUGGCUGUGAUUUCAAGAAAAAAGGACAAAAAUACUCAGUAUUUUUAGAGUUGAAUAAAGAGGUCACGGAACACCCUAAGAGGACAUGCAUCCACACAGAUAAUGUAAUUGCAUUUUCAUGUGAUAAUUUAAUUUUUGUUCUUUUUUUAUCAUUUAUGUUAUUAUCUCAGAUCGUAAUGCAGUUUUCUGUGAAAGGGACCUACAGCAAAGCUAGCCUACAUAACUGUAUUUGGUAAGGGUCCACUGAUUACUGGCCUUUGGCAGAUUAUCAUUAUUGGCAUUUUUAUUUCACCUAUAAUUGAUACAGUUAAUUUAUCAAAAUGUGCACUACUUUGGUUCCACUGCAAAAUGUGUUUUUUCCCUCUGGCUUUAUUUUCACUUAUCACAGUCUCAACAAAAUGUCCUUUGAGCACUAGCCAAUCAACAGUUAAGUCUGGGUGCUACUGACAGUGACUGUAUAACAUCACUUCCUGUUUUCUUGUGUUGCUUUGAGCUAUUUCUCAUGCUGAUAGAGGUAGGGAAAAAUAGUUUAUUUUCCUUAUUUUUUCUGAUCAUGCAAUUUUACUUUUGCCACAUUAAGGUACAUUUGCACGUCAUAAUAAAUGCAUAUUGGUUCAAUAUCGUCAACCCCUAGUAUUUAGCUAGGCUAAGUAGGCUUGUUUUCUUGAUGUUUUCAUUUGUACCUCAAGUUCUAUUUGAAGGUUGCAUGCAUAAAAAUAGAAAUAAUCUCUGGAAAUGAAUCUUAAGGAAUUUUGAUAUUCUGGGCAAAUUUUCAAUUGCGUCUCAAAUUUCAAGGCUGCUAUUUGCAGUUAUGGUGGCACUUGUCUCAGCAUUUUGGACUUAGACGGCUAGACGAGUACUUUACAAGCUUAUGUCUUGCCACAUGAGCAAAGCACUUUUUUACACCACAGUCCGCACUAACUCAUUUGCACCCAUUCACUCCACAUUCAUACACUGAUGCUGAAAGCUGCAACGUAGAGUCGGCAUCAGUACUAAAUAAUCCCAUUCAUGCGCAUCCAUACACCACUGAGGCAGCAGUGGGAGCAAAUCGGGGUUAAAUAUCUUGCCGAACAUUUGACUGCAGAAGCUGGGGAUCAAACCCCUGACCCUCUAGUUGGGAGACUACUUGCUCUUCAAAGUGAGCCACUUUUAUACUGGUAUACUGGUCACACUGGUGUAUAGGAUGUGGCUAAGUUCUCCAGAUCUCACUACUAUGGUAAAAUAAAUGUAUGGAUGCAUGUCCUUUGAUGGCUUCCGUAGAGCUCCAUUGUUCUGCCAGUAUAUAAACUGUCUGCUCUGUGUUUGAUUCCCUCCAUGUUGUGAAGGGGAAUGAUGAUUUGAAGGAAGUAUUCUGGAUUUUAGACCAGUGCUAAUUGUCAGACUGGGCUGAACUGUCGAGUAUUUGAAUCAUUACAUUUAUGUCAUUAUUUCUGCAGCCAAACCAUUGUCUCUCUAGUAUUCAAACUCUGUGCCUUCACAUUUACUAUCCCACCUUACAGGGUUAUCAGUUGUUGGUCUGUUUCAGUGCAACUAAAUUCAGCGUGUCCAUGUUUUUGUGCAUGUUACAUCUGACAGUAUCACUUUCCUGCAUCUUGAGUGUAUUUUUACCAAAUGUUUCCUCAAGGUUGUAGUUCUUUUUCCAUGGGGUCCACAAUGUCUUGCAUUUUCUAUGACAGACUGAUUUAGUUUAAUGAAUUUUACACGGUACCUGAUUUGUUUCCAUGAAGUUGUGUAAAUUUAGUUAUGUAAGAAGUGGCAGGCCAAAAUCUUUCCCUGUUUGGUCAUUUUUCUUUUAUUCUUUUGUUUAAAAAGCUCAGAUACUGACAGCCUUCAGAACUAUUCUUUCUACUGUAAAGGUUUUAAUUUUAUGUUACCUCUCAUGUUACUAUGUGUUCCUCGAAUAAAGGUACCAUAGAAGAGUC